AUGGCCAACUACCUAAAGAACAUAGUUCUUACUAAAAUCACCUUGUUGUAUACGGUUUUGUUUCAGCAACUAUUGUUCCCUCUAGUGGUUAACUCUUAUGAUAAUUUAGCCCUGAAUUGUGGCCACUCCAUAGAUACAACAUUUGAAAAUCGAACCUGGGUUGGUGACAUGGAUGACACCAAACUAUUCUCUAUCAUUGAACCACAGACUGAAUUUUCAUCUAUCAAAUCCAAACCCAACCCUAACUCUGAUUCUGUUAACCAAAUUCCGUUUGCCUCAGCACGUAUUUCAUUUUCCAACUUCACAUUCUCAUUUCCUUCCGUCGCUAAUAGCCCUAUUUUUCUUCGCCUUCAUUUUUACCCAACAUCGUAUCAAAACUUUGAAACCUUCGACGCCCUCUUCACCGUCAAAGUUGGAACCAAUGUCACCCUUCUCAAUGACUUUAACCCCGCACUUUGGCUUCAAAACGAUAACAAGACAAUCACGAAAGAGUACUGCCUCAAAAUGAAACCAACUGAGAAGUUAAAUAUAACUUUCAUUCCAAACACCAUAAAUCAACCAAAGGCUUAUGCUUUCAUCAACGGAAUUGAGAUCGUGUCCAUGCCUUCUUUUCUCUAUUACACAAACCUCAAUGACUCAAAUCAUCAUUUAAAGUUACUUGGCCUUGAAAACAUGAAAUACAAAAUCAGCAGUGACAAAGUGUUAGAGACGGUUUAUAGAGUCAGCGUUGGUGAUAAUCAAGUUCCACGAAGUAAUGACACAGGUAUGUUUCGUUAUUGGGACAACGAUUUUCCUCGUUACUUGGAGAAACAAUAUCCACUAAGUGUAUCAAAUGAUUUUACACAUAAUCUCAACUAUAUAAACAAUACCAUUCCAAACUACACGGCACCAGAAGUUGUAUACUUAACUGCAAGAAGUUAUGGAAUGGAUGCGACAAAGGAUUAUAAUGUAACUUGGAAUUUUGAAGUUGAUUCUGCCUUUACUUAUUUGGUAAGAUUGCAUUUUUGCGAGUUUGAUUGGCAUAUAAAGAAUCAAGGUGAUAGAGUUUUUCAGAUUUUUAUAGAUGAUAAUUUGGCUGAACGAAAUGCUGAUGUGAUUCAUUGGAGUGGUGCUCGUAUGGUUCCUGUUCAUAAGGAUUAUGUUGUGACUAUGUACUCUCGAGAAGGAAGCUCGCAAAUUAAAAGAGUUAAUCUUUCAAUAAAGCUACAACGAGCACCAGAAAAUAUCUACUCAAAAUACCGUAAUGUCACAUUGAAUGGGAUCGAGAUUUUGAAAAUAAGUGACAAAAAUAACAAUCUCGCAGGAUCAAUAUCAAAAUCCAAUGAUCUAUCUCACCCGCAUCAAGUAUUGUCAACCAAAACGUCAAAAAAAUAUAAGAUUGUCUUAGUUUCCUUAGAGAUCACCUUAGCUUCUGUUAGUGUGCUUAUGGUGGGUUUCACCAUUUAUUGGCAAUGGCGAUAUCGUGAUGAGGAUUCUAUGGAAGAUAACUCGUCAGAAACAAAGAGUGAAGGGUUGCCAUCUUUACCGCCCCAUUUGUGCCGCUACUUUACAAUUGCAGAGAUAAAAGCAGCCACAAAUAACUUUGAUGAUGAUUUAAUCAUCGGAGUUGGAGGGUUUGGCAACGUGUAUAAAGGUUUCAUCGAUAAAUCCACACCCGUUGCAAUAAAACGUCUCAAACCAGGCUCUCAACAAGGGGCCAACGAGUUCAUGAAUGAGAUCGAGUUGCUCUCUCAACUUCGCCACAUUCAUCUGGUAUCCCUCGUCGGGUACUGCAACGGCAACAAAGAGAUGAUUCUGAUUUAUGAGUUCAUGCAACGUGGUACUCUUUGUGAGUAUCUAUAUGGUUCCAAUAACCAACCCCUACUUUGGAAGCAAAGGCUUGAGAUUGUAUUGGGUGCCGCAAGAGGGCUGAAUUAUCUUCAUGCUGAGGUGAAACACAAGAUAAUACAUCGUGAUGUGAAAAGCACCAACAUAUUAUUGGAUGAGAAAUGGGUGGCUAAGGUUUCCGACUUCGGGUUAUCCAAGGUGGGACCAACGGGGAUAUCAACUACCCAUGUCAGCACAAUGGUGAAGGGGAGUCUUGGGUAUUUAGAUCCUGAGUACUAUAUGCUCCAAAGGCUUACCCUAAAAUCUGACGUGUACUCAUUCGGUGUGGUGCUUCUUGAGGUAUUGUGUGCAAGGCCACCUUUGGUUCGCGAUUUAGAUAAGAAGACGGCUAGUCUAGUUUGUUGGUUUCAAAGAUGUUACGAUGAAGGUGUUCCAAUUAAACAGAUCGUAGAUCCAUUCCUGAGGGAUUCUAUCACAAAUGAAUGUUUGAAAUAUUACUGCAAGUUGGCGUUGAGUUGUUUGCAUGAUGAUGGGACUCAACGACCCUCAAUGAAUCAAGUGGUUGUGAGUUUGGAGUCUGUGUUGCAGUUGGUGGUGAGUGACGAAGAUAGCCAGUUUGGUAUGACCAAAAAAGAGAGAACAUGUAUGAAAGGUCUAUGCUUCUCGAAAUUUAUGAGUGAUAAAGGGAGUGAACUGCAUUUUGCGAGAUCCCACACCUUGAAGGAGAGCAAUGUCUCGGCGAGGGCAAGUACUCAUGAACACCCUUUCUCUGAAAUUGGUAAUCAAAGACCACGAUCGUAUUCAUGUCAAAACCUUAGAGUUUAUAUUUAG